CGUGGUUGUGCUGGGGCGGGGAGGGGGCGGGGCCAACCGGCAUGCUGCUUUGGGGACGCGCUCUGCGCGGGCUGUGGAGGGCGGGACCGCGGGGGUCCCCGGUCCCGGGGGGGUCCCCGGUCCCGGGGGGGGGCCCGGGCCGCCCCCUCCGCACCGCGACCCCGCUCAGCUCCGACAUCUUCCGCGACCUGGGUUCGGGGCUGCAGCGUCUGGGUCAGACGCUGAAGGAUCAGGUGCUGGACUUGGGGGGCGGGUUGGGGGGCUGGACCCCCCUGGGAGCCCCCCUGGGCCCACGCCCCCCUGAAGAAGCCGAUGUGGUGGUGGUGGGGGGCGGCGUGGUGGGCUGGUCGGUGGCGUACUGGCUGAAGGUGCUGGAGGGCCAGCGGCACGGCAUGAAGGUGCUGGUGGUGGAGCGUGACCCCACGUAUUCCCAAGCCUCCACGGUGCUGUCAGUGGGGGGGAUCCGGCAGCAGUUUUCCCUCCCGGAAAAUAUCCGCAUGUCCCGCUUUUCUGCCAGCUUCCUCCGCAACAUCAAUGAGCACCUCAGGGUGCCGAACGAGCCCCCCAUCGACAUCCAGUUCCAGCCCUCGGGGUACCUCUUCCUUGCCCCCGCCGAGGGUGCUGCCAGGCUGGAGGCCACUGUCCAGCUCCAGAGGGAGGAAGGGGCGCAGGUGGCCCUGCUGUCCCCCACCCAGCUGAAGGCGAAAUUCCCUUGGAUAGACACAGAGGACGUGGCCGUGGCAUCCUAUGGUCUGCAGGAUGAAGGCUGGUUCGACCCCUGGACCCUCCUCAACGCUUUCCGACGCAAAGCCACAUCCCUGGGGGUCCAGAGCUGCUCCGGGGAGGUGCGAGGUUUCGUCACCUCGGCUGAGGACAUGAUGCCACCGUGGGAAAAGGCACCGGCGACCGCACGCAUCAGAUAUGUCCACAUCCACAUGCCGGACAGCCUGGAGUACCAGCCCGUCGCCUGCGCCAUCGUCAUCAACGCCGCCGGCGCCUGGGCCGGGGAGCUGCUGAAGGCAAAGGGGCUGCCGGGGGAGCUCUGCCAGCCCCCCCUGCCCAUCCAGCCCAGGAAGAGGUACGUGUUCUCCUGGCACUGCCCCGACGGCCCCGGCUUCUCCUGCCCCCUCCUCGUCGACACCACCGGUGCUUAUUUUCGCCGUGAUGGCAUUGCUGGCAACUACCUUGGCGGCAUGAGCCCACCCGAGGAGGAAGAGCCAGAUCCAGGCGAUCUCUCAGUGGAUCAUGAUUUUUUCCAGGAGCAGGUCUGGCCCCGGCUAGCUCGGCGCGUCCCAGCCUUUGAAUCCCUCCAUCCCCGGGGGGCUUGGGCGGGUUAUUACGAUCAUAACACCUUCGACUGUAACGGGGUGCUGGGUCCUCACCCCAAAUUAGAAAAUCUAUUUUUAGCAGCGGGUUUUAGCGGACAUGGGUUACAACAUGCGCCCGCUGCCGGCAGAGCCGUGGCCGAGCUGGUGGUGAAGGGAAAAUACGAGAGUUUGGACCUGCGGCGGUUGGGAUGGGGGAGGUUGGUUGAGGGGGAGCCCCUGGAGGAAGAUGGGGUGGUUUGAGGGGGGCAGGGGGGGAAACUGAGGCACGGCGGUGGGAACCCCCUCCCCAGUCUGGAUAUUGGUGGGGGAUUGGUGUUGUGCCCUGCAGAAAUAAAAGUGGUGGAUGA